AUGACCCAGCCCGCCCCCGUCAGCUUCGACGAGAUGUUCGGCCAGACCCCCGGCAUUGUUGAUUACUCCUACCCUUUCGGUGAUGCCUCCACCAUCCUACCCGUGCCCGAGGUCACCGAUACACUAGGAGAGACCGCCAAGAAGUACACCGCCCUUGCGGAGGCAAUGGGCCCCACUGAGGAGAUGCAGUACAAGGCGUGGCGCGAUGGGGCGGCUAUUGCUCAACCCGAUUGGGAGACUGCACGCAAAGACGUCCCCACUGGCAAUAAGGCCUUGGCUCGUGCAAAACGCCGCAAGGUCGCCAUUAAUCGCAUCUUCAGCCGUGACGACCUGACUGAAGAGAACGUUAUGUGGCUUCACACAGAGCGAAAAUAUAUCAUCCCCUUGAUCACAGCAGUGGAGAAGGUGGUGUCCGCUGAGCGGGAUUUGGUUGGUGGCCAGACCGAACUCAGCGAAAUGGAGCUUGCCGAAGUUCAGACCCUCCGCCGAAUCACUAGCGUGGCCAUGGGCAACCUGCAACGCGUAUAUGAGCGACGCAACAUCCUUGCGCGGAAGAUUCAUUCGGCUCGUGAGGUCUUCCAGGCCCGUGAGCACGCAAUCAAAUCAAAGAUGACUGGCUAUAAACGUCGUCAAGACCCUAUCAAUGAGUAUAGGGCUGGCCGUGGACUCCCACGUAUCGGGGCUGAAUUCGAUUAUGGCACUGCGACUACCGGAGGUCGCGUUACGCGAUCUACCUUGCUUGCGGGCUCCGGAAUCACUGGUGGCGCCCGCCCCUCCAAGCGCCUAAGACAGGAUGACGACGCCGGCCCCUCCCAGUAG